AUGCAGCCGUCUGGUGUUCGCCACAGGAUUACAUCGCAGAACUUGGUGGCGGCUCGUAAUGAGGAGUGGAAACGCAUUCGCUCAAUACUGACGCCCAUGUUUACCAGUUUGAAGUUGAAGAAAAUGGAGGAUCUAAUGCAGCACUGCAUCAACUCUAUGAUGGCGUCAUUCGAGAAGAAGGCCCGCUCUGGAGAAGCAUUUGAGGCUCGAGAACCGAUGGGCAGCUACACCAUGGACGUCAUUGCGAAGUGCGCCUUUGCCACUGACACCAACGCUCAUGAACAGAAGAAUAACGCCUUUCUUAGCAAUGCUAAGAACAUUCUCUCUUUCAACGUCUUUCGCAUCAUGAUCAUCUUCCUUUUGCCGCGCUUUCUGACGCAGUUUCUUUUCAAUCUCAAAGUGAAACCAAUCUACGUGAGAGAGGUUGACUUUUUCCUGAACCUGUCUUUGCAUCUGAUCGACGAACGACGGAAUCCUUUAAAGGGUCGUGAGCACAGUGACAUGCUGCAACUUAUGGUCAAUGCUGAGUUUAGUGAAAAUAGCUUGAAACGGGCUUACCAAGAAGACUUUAAGGCGGCCGACCACGCGCAUCACCUCAACAAUGGCACUGACGAGCUGGAACGUGAACAACAGGAACUAAAAAACAUCAUCGGCACUGACGAGCUGGAACGUGAACAACAGGAACUAAAAAACAUCAUCGGUUCCAAGUUUCUCUCAACGGAAGAGAUAAUGGCGCAGGCUUUGGUUUUCUUUCUGGCAGGCUACGAGACGACCAGUUCGCUGCUCUCCUUUUGCCUCUAUGAACUGGCGCUGAACCUCGCCAUUCAACAGCGACUCUACGAGGAGAUUCAAAGCGCAAAGUCGGAGGACCCGAAGCUGAGCUACGGGACACUGGCCACCCGAUGCGCCUACCUCGAUGCGGUCAUCUCUGAGACGCUGCGAAAGUACCCACCGGCGUUGCUACUGAACCGGGAGCUCUCCGCCGAGGAGUACCACGUUGCCGAGUACGGCAUCACGCUGGAGCGAGGGCAGCCGGUCAACAUUCCCGUGUACUCGCUGCAUCACAUGGAGCAGUUCUGGCCAGAGCCGGAGCGCUUCAAUCCGGAGCGAUUUAUGGGCGAGAACAGAGACAGAGUGGUGCCCUUCACUUACGUGCCUUUCGGCGCGGGUCCUCGCAGUUGUAUAGGCAUGAGGUUCGCCCUGACGGAGGCAAAGAUGGGACUGGCGCACAUUCUCGAUCGUUACCAAAUUGUACGCGCUCCUGAAACGACCGACAAGCUGGACAUUAAGUCGUCGCUCAUUUUGCUGAAAACGUCGCCUAUUAAAGUGGCG